GUCACUGUCGCAGAAAGACACAGAUGCGAGGGGAGACGAGUGGCAGUGUCAUGGCGCGACUCCCACUCAAGCCCAAUUUUAGCAGUGAAAUAUGGGAAUGGCAAGGAGUCGAGUACUGUCUGCCCAGACAUUCACAAAAUGAAUUCUCUCACUUAUUCUGGGAUGAAGUAAGCCAAAAUGAGGAUCAUUUGUUUUGCAAUCUGAACGAGCAUACUCCCAUAAAAAAAUGUUCAAAUCUGGGCCACCAAAUUACUGAUGUCAGAGAUGCCACCACCAAAGGGUUAGAGGAAUGUAGGGAACCCCUGCAGCUUAAAAGGAGGCGCACACUGCAGUUCACAUCUGAUAGUACUGAGGUGAUGGAGUGUUCAAUGGUGGAAGACGGGGUUUCAAAAAGCUUAGAGUGCAGUACUUUGGGCUUCUCUGAUGAUGGGUCAGCCUUUAAUUGUGGAGGGUUGGAUCAGUCAUCAGAUGAGUGGCUAGCAGAUUGUUUGAAUGAUGGCGAGAUACAAUGCAGCCUGAUGAAAUGUCUGUCACGGCUCUUUUAUCACUUUAUUAGUCACCACGUUUUCUAUUUUCACAUGUGUCUUUAUGCCAUUAUGUGGCUUCCUGCAGGAAGAAUAUUGUGGUCUUUCAACUAGUUGAUGUUACGGGACAGUAGAACAUACACUUUUGCAUCUGCUUCAGACAUUUCUUUGGUACUAUUGAUUUUAAAGUAAUUUUAUUAUGUACUUAUCCUUUUCCCCAACUCUAACAAGUUCUUUACUCUGAAAACGAGCCUCUCUCAUGAAAAGCUUCUUGUAUCUGAUCUGGCUAUUUAGAGUACUACCAUAAUUCACCUUCCAUGGAAACUGAUAUGGUGCCAGAGACUCCGGCUCCAGUGCAUCUGAAUGUUUUUCAAGGCAAGAAGUCUUACGUUAUAAUUCCAAGGAAGUUGAAUACCUCAAUUGCUUAUCCUUUUGCUCUCAUUGAACCUUGUGGAGUUCACGGUGAUGUCACUUUGAAUGACAUAAAUCAACGAAUUCAUGCUGCACCACCAUCAAGAUUGAAGCAUAAGAAGGAUGAGGAUCCAUCCAUUUUUAAUCCCACAUCAGCUUUUUCUGGGAAGCCUGUAAUUGUCAAAACAAAAGUUCGCACUGAAGGGGGACAAUGUCGUAUUACAGUCAUGAGAACAAAAGGUUGAGUAAAUAAGACUUUUUAAAUAUUUUGUCUCUAGCCUCAUACAUAUCACCUUAUGAUGAUCUGCACGUUGAGCUGUGGCUAUAUACUGUAGAGAUA